AUGAAGAUACUUAUCCUCGGAGGCACCAAGUUCGCUGGCCUUCAUGCCGCAAAAGAAGCCGUUUCCAAAGGCCAUCAAGUAACCCUCUUUAACCGCGGAACUCACCCAGCUCCAGAUGGAGUAACCAGCAUAGUGGGCGACCGUCUCGCCCCGAACGGGUACGCUUCCCUUGACGGCCGCACCUUCGAUGUUGUAAUUGACACUUGGUCUACGGAUCCGACUGCCGUCCAGAAAGCGGUGGACGCACUUCGUGGACGAGUUGGCCAUUACAUAUACAUUUCAACUCUAAGUGUCUACAAUUUUGAGGAAGGGAAUGCUCCUUACAACGAGUCAACGCCGUUGUUUGACCCGGAAAAAACGGACGUUCAGUAUAUUAAAGACAAGGUUAGAGGUGAAUCAUUCAUUUCUGACUCUGGCAUUCGGCACACGUUCAUCAGACCUGGGGUGAUUCUGGGCCCUGAUGAAUCAGUAUGGCGCCUGCCCUGGUGGUUGUUGAGAAUGAAACGAGGUGGGAAGACAUUGGCGCCGGGUCCUAGAGACCUGCAGCUGCAGUUUAUUGAUGUUCGGGACUUGGCCAAGUUUACAAUUCAUGCCGCAGAGGAGAAGCUGGAGGGGCCGUAUAAUCUUGUCUCGGAGAUGAAUCAUGUCUCGUUUGGAAGUUUCCUCGAUACUGCAAACAAGGUUGCUGGAAGUAAUGCAGAACUCUGCUGGCUGGAUGCGGAGAAGGUUAUCGAGGCUGGCGUUGGACCGUGGGUUGAAAUGCCAAUGUGGCUGCCACCAGGUGAUUUGUCCGUGUAUUCCUCUGAUGUAAGUAAAGCACUUGGGGCUGGGCUCACGGUGCGCUUGGCCAAGGAUACAAUUUCUGAUACGUGGGAGUGGGUGACAUCGUUGAAGAAGCUUCCGGAUACUGUGAAAGUCGGACUGGAUCCCGCCAAGGAGAAGGAAGUCCUAGAGAAGUACUGCCAAGGAUAA